AUGUGCAGGAGAAUACAACGGCGUUGGCGCGCUGUCGAAGAUUCGUUCGCUUUCGCCGACUUGGGGCGGAUAUUGCUGAGAGCUUGGUCCUUCGAUGUCACCGUGCUGUUUGGCGUUGCGGAGGAGCUGAGCUUCGUGUCCUAUGUCACUAACGACGGACCAUUCUAUGCACACGUGCCUGGCGAAUCGACUGGUGCUGUGCAGGCGAACAUCCAACGAUACGUUACCGACAAAAUAUCAAGAAGACUGGCAUGGACAAGCGAACGGGGUCCGGCGAAGUCGACACGCGCAUGACGAUGACGAUACUGCUGGACGAGCAUCGUGGAUACCGUCCGGGCACAAUUUGGUCCCAACCAGAGGGGGGCUAGGGAAUUAUUUGGGCGGGCGGGCGGGGAAUUUCGCGCGGACGUGGUGCCUCAAGGGAACUGUAGAUUUGGAGUCGUGGGCAGGGGAGAGAGGAGCUUUUGCUUGGGCUGGGACGAGGCGACAGGCGCUUGUGUAUGGGCUGUGGGGGGAG